GUCGUGUCGUCGUCGUGGCCGGCAAAUUACGGAUCACAAUACAUCGUUGAAUGAAUCACGAUAUUUCCUUUUCCUUUCUGUUAUUCUCCCGCUGCACUUCUUUUUAGUUAUUUAUAAUUUCUUUGACGGCAAAUCCCCUUUUGUUCCAUCUUACCAAUACUACAUCGCACAAAAGUCUCCCGACAAGCACAUCUGGUACGGCUUCUGGGAAGACGAACCAACCCAUCAGGAAAUUCAAUCCUGCUUUCGUUUCUCUCAUUUUUCCCUUCUUCGACAUUUUUGUUAUCCCUAUUUACGACAGUAAAAACAUCUCAAGCGCUUGGAUAAACUCAAGAAACUCGAAUCCAUGGCCAUAUUUCGCGAACAGGAGGGCUUCCCUCAAGUACCUCCCUCACUGACCCACGAUGCAUACGAAACCAAGGAUGUACGGAAUAUGAAGGUUCGCGAGCUGCUAUCCCAGAGCUCGGCCAAAGGUGCUACUCCCUACCUAGGACUCGGCUCGCGACUCUCUCAGAUCUGGUUCAACCGAUGGACUGUCCUACUACUCCUGGUCCUGGUCAACUUCCUAUUAACUAUAGGCUCUCUGAAUACAAACCUCGACGAUGCUAAGGCGAAGGCCCUAUCGGCAUGUACGAAGGUCGAGGACGUCGGUAGUGCUAUGGCUUCGAUGCCUCAUUACUUGUCCGUUGGAGUCAACCGCCUCACUGCAUCUGGUAUCACCGAGUCCGUACACGCCUUGAUGACUAUCCUCGACAUGAUCCUUACCGGUAUUGAGCAGCUGAUCCUCUUCGUUAUCGGUAUGAUGACAGACAUGUACGUCUGCUUAAUUACCAUGGUGGUUCAUGGAGGACUGAAUGCAUCCGCGCUUGCUAUUACUGAGACCACCGAGGCUAUGAAUGACGCUAUCGAUGGAAUUGCCAAGGCGAUCAACGGAACGGCCGACGACCUCCAGAAGCCCGUGGAUGCCAUGUACUCGAUCGUAAAUGGUGCGCUCAAUGCAGGCGAACAAGCCACGAGCGCUGUUGGAGGUGCUAUUAACACUGCAACAGCGGCGGUUGGAGGUGCCAUAGAGACUGCUAUUAGUGGUAUCGGCGAUAUCUUCAACAAGCGUACUGAUAUUCCACCUCCACCAGAGAUCACUGGCGCUAUCUUCAAACGCAUCGACCUUCCACCCAAGCCAGAGGUUGCCGGUGAUAUCAGAGCAGUUGCUGCCAAGCUCUCAAACGUCAAUAUCAAUACCACCGGUUUCGUGUCAGAUCUAGAUGCCCUCAACCAAGAGCUCCCGGAUUUUGAUGAUGUCAAGAACCUCACCUCUAUGGCCGUAUCAUUCCCGUUCAAUCUUAUCCGAGAGCAGCUCACCAAAGCCUACGGUAAUUGGGAGUUUAAUGACAGUGUAUUUCCUGUAGCCGAGAAAGAGGCCCUUUCCUUCUGUUCUGACAACACGGCCAUCAACGACUUCUUCGAUGGAUUGUACGAGAUCGCUAAUAUCGCAAAGAUUGUAGCAAUCGUGGUGUUGAUUAUCCUUGCGCUUGCCGCUUGUAUCCCUAUGGCCUACAUGGAGAUACGCCGAUGGCGCCGUGCUCAGAUCAGUGCCUCGGAUGCUUAUGAUGACAUGGAUCUCGUAUACAUGUCCUCGCGCCCUACCACAGCUCGGGUUGGUUACUGGAUUGCCUCCAAGUUCGGCGAGAAGCGAAGGAUUUUGGUACGAUGGUGUAUCGCAUAUGCUACGUCCCUCCCGGCCCUCUUCGUCCUUUCUCUCGCGUUAGCCGGCUUUUUCUCCUGCUUCUGCCAGUGGAUCCUCUUGAACACAAUCCAGAAGGAAAUUCCGGAGCUAUCGAACCAAGUCGGAGACUUCGCCAACCAGGUAGUGUAUAGUCUGGACAACGUCUCACAGAAGUGGGCAGACGAUGCAAAUGGUGUUAUUACGUCCUUUAGCACUGAGAUCAAUGACGACAUCCUUGGGAAGGUGACAAACGGUACUGCUGCCGUCAACGAUACCCUUAACACCUUCAUGUCGGAGAUUGACAAGGGCCUCACCACAGUCUUUGGCCAUACAAUGUUUAAGGACCUUGCUGCGAACACGGUCCGAUGCCUAAUCGGGCUGAAGGUCGAAUCAGUCCAAAAGGGUCUGACUUGGGUGCAUGAUCAUGCUCACAUCAACUUCCCCAUGUUCCCCAACGACGUCUUCUCUGUUGGCGCAGCUAAAUCUAUCUCUGGCGAUUCGGACCUUACAUCUUUCCUAGCCUCUCCUAGCAGCGUCACCACUGACGAGAUCACUGCUUCUGUCACCCACGUCACAGAUUGGCUGCGCAGCAACAUCAUCCAGGACGCGUUGGUUGCGGGUGGUCUACUCCUAGUAUACGUGAUCAUCAUCCUGAUAGGUGUCAUUCGCACUCUCGUCGGCCAUAGCGACGCCGAAGGAGAUGCUCGCAGGAGGCGAAUAGAAAACUUUGAUCCUUCCCAGCCGGCAGGAGGUAAUCCGCCUAUGAUGCAGAUGCCGCAGUUCAGCGGCGCUGGAGACGCCAGUGCUCACCCCGAUCAUCAAACCUCGCCAUUUGGCCGGGAUGAUGCCUUCAGUCGCGGAACCGUGCACGGCGGGCCCGUCACGACCGAGGAGGCUCCCCCUUACACCCGCCAUAGCAGCUACGUCCAGUACGGCGACACGAAGCGCAUGGAACACGAUCCGAUGCCGCCUAACUACAACGGUGGGCGAGCUCUGACUGAGGACCCCUUUCGAGACCCGAAGCAUGGUUAAUCGGUAUUAGUUGAUACCUAUAAUACUCGCAUCCAGUCCUAUCAGCAUUAUUGAAUCCCUUUCACUACUUGGGUAGCUGUGCGUAGUCAGCAUAGGCCCCCUUCUUUGUUAUUGUCUUUUAUUAUUCAUCAGC